AUGGGAAGCUUCAACACCGUGCCGGGCGUCAAUAGGUGGUUGGGCGCGGGCGCGGAGGGCGGCAAAAGGGGGCCACGCUCUCCCUCGCGGCGCCGCCACCUGCAGGAGGAUGCCACCGAGGUCAGGCCUCGAGCCGCGGGCGCUGGCGAGGGUUGUCCAAGCUACAUGCCGCUCAACGCAGACCCCCGCCUGCUUCCCGAGCACCCCACCGUGUACUUUCAAGCCGUGCGCAGCGGGCUGGCGCGCCCCGCCAGCGCCGGCGCCGCGGCUGGAGCUGGCGGAGCAGGCUACCAGCUGGGCUCCGCCAUCAGCCGGGGCUACGGCCGCGUGCCCACCGCGUAUGCUUACACCAGCGCCGACACGCUGCUGCCCACCACACACUACCAGAUGCCCCACCCGCCGCCCACCGGCGCGCCACCCGCCUGCACCAGCGCCGUAGCCGCCGCCGCCGGCAGCAUGACCAGCAGGGGCCGCCUGCUGCAAGCCUUUACCUUCUGCUCCUCCACCAGCGGUGCCAGAGGCAGCAGCAGCGCGCCAGCCUCGCCCGGCGGCAGCCGAACGCUGCUGUACACGCGUACCGCCACCUGCAGCCCCCUCCAGGACUGCUACCCCCAGCGCCAGCCCCCGAGCAUGCCGGCUGUGGACCUGCUCGACAGGCUGACCCUGCUGCGCAGGCUGGCACCCGCCACCGACCCCGCGGCCAGGCCCCGCCAGCUGGCGCCGUCGCCGCGCCAGUCGCCGCAGCGCCACGCCGCGCCGCACCACUUCACGCCCGCGCCCGCAAAGCCGCAGGCGCACACACACCCAAGCUGCGGCCAGGCGGCAGCCAGCCCGACGGGAGGCGCCUGCAAGCGCUGGGCUUGGGACGAUAGCCUGGUGGGUGGAGGCGGAGGCGGCGGCAGCGGCGCGGGCAGGCCAAUCGGCGCGGUGCCCGCACCGGGGUGGCGCUACUGCGGUGAUGUCCUGGCGGCGGCAGAGGUGGAGGGGGCUGGCCUGUCGGUGGCUGUGACCCGCGGCGGCGACAGCAGCGGGAAUGGUACCAGUGACGGCGCCCUGCGCCUGGCGGUGACUAGCAGCGAGCGGUGUGGCAGCGCAGGAGGCGGCACGGCGGGCGCGGGUCGGCAGGAGGUGCUGGUGCUGGUGCACAGCCCGCGGGCACACCAGCUGGGCACAGAGGAGGAGCAGGAGGAUGUGCCUCAAGGGCGGGACGGCAUGGGAGGCUACGGCCUGAGCGGCAGCGGGGCCGGGAGGCCCGCCUUCCGCCCCCCGGGCCCGCUGCAGCACAAGUUUGGGAACAAGCCUCGCCCCAAGUCGGCGCCCAGCGCUGCGGAGCGCGCCGCCGAGCGGGCGGCCGCGGCGGGCCUGCGCGGCUGUGGCUGCCCCCGCUCGCCCCGUGGCGCCACCGGCACACACGUGAUCAGCGGCGCCGCCGGCAGCAGCUGGAGGCGUGCUGCAAGCAGCCCGUGGCGGGACGAGGAGCGGGAGGCAGCGGCUCCCCGGCCGCGGUCGGCGGCGCCGGCACCGGCCCUCAUCGGGCACUGCCAGGACGGUGCCGUGGGCUGGCGGAGCAGCGCCAGCGGCGCGACAGAGGCUGGCAUCACGGGGAGGGGGUCAGAGAGCAGCAUGAGGCGUGCUGGCGCCGGCAUGGACGGCACCACAGGCGGCGGCGCCAGGACCACGCACACAGUGCAGGUGGCGGCGGGAGAGGGCACGGAUGUGGUGGUGGUAUCCUCCCCGCAGGCCCACUGCUGCGGCUGCUGCCAGGACACUCCGGUGGUGGCGGCAAGCUCGCCGCGCCGCAGCGGAGCCAGCGGCGGCGGCGGCAGCGCAGGGGGCACCAGUAGCGUGACUGUAGUGCAGCAGCACAAGGGGCAGGCGCGCCACACAACCGCACCGCCUGCCGCCAGGCAGACGGCGGACCCCCGGCUGUCGGCUGGCGCGGCUGCACCGCCGGCCGAGCCAGCCUCCCAGGCGGUACCGCAUGCCAGCGGCGGCCUCAGAGAUGCUCCCACGACUCUGGCCGCCACCAAGCUGUCUGUGUCGGUGCCGGCAGGCCGUGGCGGCAGCUGGAGCGUCAGGGCAGGCGCCAGCUCACCCACCGCCGGCAGCAGCGGCGUUGGGUCCCCCAUCAAGGCCUGGCGGCCGCAGGCCGGCCCGGCAGAGGCAGGUGCCUGGAGCGGGGCGCAGCGGGCGGCCCUGCAGCCAGCCUCGCCUCUGCGGGUGGAUGUGGAUGUCGCGCUGGCGCCAUCCGCGGCAGGGGCGGGGCUGGCGGCGGUGCCAGCCGCCGACCUGCAGCUCCUGAGCGGUGAGGUGCGGCGUCGGGAGGCCUCCUUCCAGCAGCUGCUGCAGGAGCUGGAGCGCAUCACCCACAAGUGCUCACAGCUCACCUCGGCCGCCGCCGCAACUGGUGGCGGCAGCGGCGGCGGCGCCGGCGCCAGCGGCCGGCCGGGGGCGGGGGGCCCUGCCGGCCGUUGCCAGCAGGGGCAGCAGGCGCAGCGGCAGCAGCAGGCGCAGCGGCACACCACGCACCAGUUCGGGGCCGGAUGCACCCGCGGCGCAGCCAGCGGGCUCGCUGGCACGGCUGGCAGCGAGCGCUGCAGGCGCCCAGGGGCGGGCCCGUCCUCUGGCCUGCAUGCCGACGUCGCGCCCGCGGGCGGCGGUGGCGGCGGCGGCGGGCGGGAGGGUGAGGAGUGGUCGUGGGAGAGCCUGCUGGCGUUUGAGGAAAGCAUCCGCGCCCAGCAGCGCAAGCUGGUGGAGCAAGGGGUGCUGCCCCCUGAGUACGCCUGA